UCGGGCCCACGCGGCAUCGUCUUCCCCAAUUCCUUCUCUUCUCUUCAUCGGCGAUGGUUUGAUCGGAUCCACCACCCCAGAUCCAGCGCCGCCAUGGCCGACCACUCCGACUCCGACUCCUCCCCCAAGUCCUCUUCCUCCUCCUCCUCCGCUCGCCGCCGCUCUCCGCCGCGCGUCCGGGCGCACUCCGACGAGGGUGGCAGCAGCGACGGCGUCCUCGUCGAGCUCCCCUCACAGGAAGCGCGGAGCCCCGGCGCGGACCCAGACGCCGGCAUCUUCGUCAGCAUGCCCGCCGACGACGCCACCAGCGGCGAGACCUUCGAGGACGCGCCCGACGACCUCAACACCGGCGGCUUCCGCACCGCCCGCUCGCUCGACGAAUCCAUCGCCGUCAUCGACUACCCCGACGAGUCCAGCGCCGCUGCCGAGUGCCGCAAGUACAAGGAAGAGAGGGAGGUGUUCGCGCGGGACACAGCGGCGCUCCGGAGAAUGCUGCAGGGCCUAGUAGGGCAGGAUGCGUCAAGCUCCUUGCACGCGGAGGAUCCCGACGAGAGGGUGCUGGCGUCGCCCACGCCGCUGCACUCCAUGCUCGACGAUUGCUCGAGGCUCGUGCUCGAACUCAACUCGGUGGCGCGCGCAAGGGAGCAGGAGGUCGACAGCCUACGUUCUAGGGCCGCGGAGGCAGAUGUCUCCAGGGUGGUUGUGGACGCGUACCUUGGUUCGUGGAGGGAGGUGUCGGAGCUAGCAAUUGCCCGAAUGGUCGCAUCGGUUGAUGCCGUGGUUGGGAAAGAAGCCAUCGGUUCCGAGGGCGCUGAUCAGGACGGGAUAUCUGUCUUCGAACGGAAGACUUUGCUGCUAACAGAGCGGUACAGGCAGGUCGUACUGGGCAUCGAGCAACUUGAGCAGGUUUUAGCAGCGGUUAAGCCUGAUUUUGUUUCCGUGGGCCAGUGUGACCAUGCCACCAUCUUAGGUAUUGUUUCCGAGGAAUUGGUCAGUAGCAAGAGAAAUGAGGCAGAUUUCAUGCAUAAGCUCAACACUUUCGGAGAAGAAAACAAGGCUCUUAGUGAAGAGCUUGAGAAAGUGAAAGCUGCUCGAGAUGCAGCAAAUGCUCAAGCGGGCAAAGCAAAGGCAGAGUUUGAGCAGAUGGAGCAUAAGUUCUCGACAACUAAGGAGAAGCUCAGCAUGGCUGUCACAAAGGGCAAGUCCUUGGUGCAGCAUCGUGAUUCCUUGAAGCAGAUGCUGGCUGAAAAGACAGGUGAGCUGGAGCGGUGCACAGUGGAGUUGCAACAGAGGUCUGAUGCCUUGCAAGCAGCCGAGGGCAGAAUCGAGGAGCUCAAGGUGUUGCUAGAUGAAAAGUCGGCCGAACAGGAGAAAUGUUUGGAUGAGCUUAGAGAAACAUAUAGUGCGUGGGAAGCUGCCAAGGCAAGCAUCGAGCAACUGAAUGAAGAAAACACUUCACUUGCUUCUGUUCAGGCCUCCCUUUCACUAAGUGAUGGGGUUCUUCAACGCAUUGAAGAGGUAAUGUCAGAGGCAACAUUUCCAGAGGAUUUACUUUCUUUGGAGGUGACUGAUAGACUGGAAUGGUUGGUUGAACAAAAGAAAAUUGCUGAUAUGAUCUUCUCGGAGCACCGCAAAGUUAAAGACAUCCUCGGCUCGGUUGACUUUCCACACUCAGUCUUAACUGGUGAACUUGAUUCACAAAUCACUUGGCUAGUCAACUCGUUGAGCCAGGCCAAAGGUGAUGUAGUGCGGAUACAGAACGAAUCUUCUGAAAUUCUUCACAGACUGUCCGCACAUGAAUCAAAACUGGUCUCAAUGCACGAGGAAAUUGACCGCCUGACCAUAGUUCUACUGGAAGAGAAACAGGAAAAGGACAUACUUGUAAAUGAACAUUCUGAAUUAAUGUCCCUACACAAUGCAGCUGUUGAUAAAUUAUCUGUUAUCUCAUCCCAGAAUACUGAGCUUGUAAAGGCAUUUGCAGUGGUUUCUGAUGUUGAAUUGGGGGUCAAUGAGCCCCUGGAGAGUGCCAAAUUAGUAGACCAGUGCCUAAGCAACAUCCAACGAAGAGAAAAAUCCUCUCCUAUUGAUUGCGAAAGUUUUGAGAAGUUGCGAACACUAGUGUAUACCUUAGAUCAGGAAUUAACUCUAUGUAAGAUAAUUCUUGAAGAAGACAUGACUGAUAGAUCUGAGAGGAUGAGACUAUCUGGUGAACUACAAAAAAUGAAAGAGGCGAUGUAUGGUUUGAAGAAUGAAAAGGACUCGUUACAGAAGGAGUUUGAACGGGUGGAGGAAAGAUCAUCUUUGCUUAGAGAGAAGCUGUCAAUGGCCGUGAAAAAGGGGAAAGGUUUGGUACAGGAGCGUGAGGGACUCAAGCAAGUUGUGGAUACGAAGAACUCUGAGAUAGAGAAGCUAAAAAAUGCUCUUGAUGAAAAGAUCUCUGAAACGGAGAAUGUAAAACGUGCUUUGGAUAGGAAUAACUACGAGAUAGAGAAGCUGCAACAUGCUCUGGGUGAAAACAACUUUGAGUUAGAGAAGCUAAAACAAGUUCUGGAUGAAAAUAACUCUGAAACAGAGAAUCUAAAACAGGCUUUGGAUGUAAAGAACUCUGAAUCAGAUAAGCUAAAACGAGAUCUGGAAGCAAGGAACACAGAAAUGGAGAAUUUGAAAUAUGAGAUAGUGUCAAGAGAAUCUGCAAAUACGGAUCUCAGAGAACAGAUUGAGAAUCUAUCUUCUCAGGUUACACAUUUUGAAAGGCUGCAGUUAGACAUUAUUUCUCUUAGUGAGGAAAAGGAUAAAGUAGAAAGAAUGUUGGAAGAAGCUGAAGUUUCCCGGGGCAUUCUAGUUGAUUCAAUAUCAAACAUUGCUAUUCCUGUUGAUCACCUCUUUGAGGAUCCUGUGGAGAAAAUAAGCCAGAUUGCCCAAUACAUCAUGGAAUCACAGUCUGCUAAGGAUCAUGUGGCACUUGAGCUAGACAGAGCAAAUGAGCAAGUUACCAUGCAAGCUGGCAGGCUUUCUGAUUCCCUUUCUACUAUAAAGAUGUUAGAAGAUGAGUUAAGUAAAGCGAAGGACUAUGUUUCUUCUACUUCUGAAGAGAAACACCAAAUACAAUUGCAGACUGCUGCUGUAGAGAAGGAGUUGGAGAAAACAAAUGAGGAACUGGCUCAUAAUGCCAACAAACUAGAAGAUGCCAACACUGCUAUUAACUCACUGCAAGAUGCAUUGUCACAAGCUAAAACAGAUCUCACUAUUCUUAGUGCUGAGAAGAAUGAAGCUGAAGCCAAACAUGAAAUGGAAACCAGCGUUCUUAAUGCUAAGCUGGCCGAAUGUUUGGAAGAGUUGGAUAAAAGUCAUGGAAGCUUACAAACUCGUUCAACUGAACAAUAUGGUUACCUUGAAAAACUUAGCACACUUGUAAUGGAUAAUAGUAUUGUACCAUUGAUGGUAGAAGAAUUUGGAAAGAAUAUCUGCAGCUUGAGAGAUAUGAGCCUUACACUGAAGAGUAUGCAUGAACAACUCGCUGCAAUGGGGAUCCAGAUUGAUCCAGUUAUGGAGGAUCCAGAGUUUGGCACACUUUUCUCUCUUACGGACUACGAUAACUUUGUUGCUGAAAGAAUGCUUGUGAGCAAAACUACAAUGGGGAAUAUUGAUGACACUUCAUCCUUGAGUACUAUUGUUGAACAGUUGAGCAAUCAAGCUGAACAUUUCUCUGGUUUUUAUAAAGAUUUGGCAGGCUACAUGAAUAGCAAUAUUAUACUGCUGCGCCGUGCUCUGCAGUCGGCAAACAACAACUUUUCUCGUACUUUAGAAGAGCACGGCCGCUUGAAGAUUGAAUUGGGGAACAAGGACACUCAGAACAGAUCUCAAGAAGCUGAAUUGCUUUCGCUGCAAACAGAGCUCAGGGCAAUGUCAUCAAAAUGUAUUUAUUGCACUGAAGAGAUUCAAAUUAUUUUUAAUGGCGUGCUUGAUCUAGGCUAUGCAAUAGAGUUGGCAACAGGCAACUCCAGCAUUGUACCAAAAGUAGAAGGAACUUUUUCUGUUUUGAAGGAUGAAGAUUCUGGUGAUUAUACAAAGGUGGUGGACAGUUUACUAUCUUCAGUGAACAAACUGAAGUCAGAGUCUCAGAGGUUAUCUGAGCUUAAAGGCUUAGUGAUAACUUUGUUUGAUGAGUUGAAAAUGAGACUGAAGCAAGCUGAGGAAGCUGCUGAAACUGCUUCAAGUGAUAACCACUUGUAUGUGAAAAGAGUAUGUGAGCUGGAGAAAGAUCUCAAAACAGCACAUGAUGAGUGUAGUGCAAUGGAAAUUAGGAUUCAGGAAUACCAGGAAAGGGAGGAUGUGUUGAAGGCAAGAGAGCUAGAGUUGCUGUCACUUGAUCACACUCAAACUACAGUAGAAAGAGGUAUAACUGAUGAAAUUUCAAAGGAUCAGCUGGAGGCAAUUGUUGAAAAAAUAAAUAAACUAAAUAUACCGUCAGGCGAGUCACGUUUGCAUAGGGAAGUGGCUACCUUCUCUAGUCCCAUUGACAAACUCUUCUUUCUUAUUGAUGAAGUUGAUGCACUUCAACGCGAGGUGGAGACCUUAAGAUACGAAAAUGAAGAUUUACAGUUAAAUCUUGAAUCCCAUGCUCGUGAAAAUGAGCAGCUAAAGGAGGUUUGCAGAAACACUGACUCAAAUCGUAGGGAGUUGGAAUCAAAAAGCAGCGAACUGCUUGAGGUAACAGUCAGUAUGGAGCGAAUGAUUCAGCGGUUAGGAUAUCUAUCUGGAAAAGAUGCGCUGGAAGAUAACAAACCUACAAGCACCCAAUCACUCUUAUCAAAGCUGGAAAAACUAAUAAUCGCCUCAAGUAUGGAAUCUGGGAAUGCCAAGUCUGUAAAACAGGAGCUGGGAGCAAAGUUGCAGGCCAGGGAAAAAACAGUUGAUGAUUUAUCAGCAAAAGUUAAGAUGCUUGAGGACUUGUAUCAUUCUCGGCUUGUGCAGCCAGAAAUUAGUAAAGACAGAGAAUUUGAAGCAUCUUCCUCAGCAAUUGGUUCAGACAUAUCUGAGAUUGAAGAUUUGGGACCAAUGGGGAAGGCAUCAAUAUCAUCUGCCCCUAGCGCCGCACAUGCUAGAGUAAUGCGAAAGGGGUCAUCCGACCAUCUUGUUCUGAAUAUGGGAACAGAGUCUGAACGACUAAUUGCUGCGGAUGAUUCGGAUGACAAAGGGCGUAUUAAAUCACUGCAUGCGUCUGGCUUGAUUCCAGCACAAGGAAAGCACAUCGCUGACAGAGUUGAUGGCAUCUGGGUCUCAGGGAGCCAAAUUCUGAUGAACCGGCCACGAGCAAGGCUAGGACUCUUGGUGUAUUGGGUCUUCCUGCACUUGUGGUUGGUAGGCAGCAUCUUGUGACACUGCUUGUGGAUAACCACCCCCCUCAUAGCAUAAUUGUAAAAUAGCAUCUAUACAAAGGUUUACCUAUUGUUUUCUUCUUUUACCAUAGAAAUGCCAUUCUUUCCAUCUCCUGCCCCCUUCUCAAAUUUGUGCUCGAGCAGUAUGUGCUGUCCGGAACAGGAUGUAAUAUGUGCAGUAGAUAACAAUGCCAUUCUUUGUUACGCUGGAGAAGCGAAUUUGACCAUGCGAGUUUAUCGUGUUUCCUUUGUGAAGCAUGAUGUUGAACUGGCUAUAUAGUUGGAAAUGUUACUGACCGAAUUGUAUGUAA